UGAAUUUUGAGUAACCUAAUGUUUUUCAACAAUUUCAGUAGUCAUGGCUGAUCCUCUGACAUUAUUGCGUCAAUUCAACAUCAACAAACGUGAUGUCACUGAAACAAAUGAGCAGAUUAUAUUUGGAGAGUUUUCUUACCUCAAAAAUGUAAAAACCAAUUACAUGGUUUACAAAGCUGGCGAAAGUAAUGCAAAGGACUAUUAUACUUUAGAAGCUCUUCAUUUCCUGCUAAAGAAUGUUAGUAUUCCCCAUCCUAUCUAUGUCCAAAAAGCUGCAGCAGCAAAAGUACCUGUUGUUAAUCGUGUGGAUCGUAAAGCUUUGCUUGCCUACCUCAAUGGGGAUACAGACACUUCAGCAAGUAUUGAUAAAAGUGCGCCUCUUGAACUUGGUGCUAGUCGUGCAGCUCCUUCUAAGCGACCAGGAGACCAUGUUGAAUCUCAAGACUUCAAAAAAGCCAAGAUCGAAGCAUCUCACAAGGAGAGUCAAAUCCUGCAAGAGAAAACUGCUCUGGCUGCAAGAUAUGCAACUAGACCUGACCCCGUGAUUGGUGGCAUAUCACUAACAAGUGGUGAUGUCGGCUCUUCUCUUAGUGAAGCCAUGAGUGUAGAAACAAUUGCUGCUAUCAAAGCUAAGAGGUUUGCCAAAAAGCGUAGCACCAUCAGAGGUGUCCCCGAAGAAGACAUGGAGGCAGUAUCCUUGGAAAACAGAGCUUUUAUCGAGUCCGAAAUUGAUGUCACUCGUGAUAUCAUCAGUAAGGAGAGGAUAUUGAGGAACAGAAACAACAUUCUUCAGAGUGUAGGAAGGACGUUCACAAACAUACUGUCAAUAUCUAUUGUAAAAAGUAGAGCUGAUACCUCUAAACCUGCUCACACCACUGUUGCAUCUCACACUGAAGACAAAACGAAGCAACUUCCUCCUAAAUCAUACAGCAGAUACGACCAGGAACGAUUCAGAGGCGAAAAGGAAACUGAAGAAUUCAAAAUUGAUACUCUUGGAGGGUUUGCGAGUAUGAAAAAGUCAUCAUCAGCAGCUACACCAAGUAGGACACCCCAACAUACUAAAACACCACCUCGUCAACAAGUUUCCAGAGUCCCAGUUCCUGUCAAACCCAAUAAAGCUCAGAAACGAGAAUCUAAAACUCCCAUCGUAAUUGUUCCAUCAUCGCUCAGCUCCCUUAUCACUUUGUACAACGUCAGAGAAUUCCUUCAGGACAAUCGAUUCAUCACUGCUCAAGAUCAGCAAGCACAAGGAUACAGGAAGCAGUCAGAAGUGACCAUAAGUCGCAAGCGAGACUUGGUCGAGAUAAAUUUACUCAGAGGUCACGCAGCCCCGGCAACUGGCGAAAACCAGGUUGUAACGAUCCCGUACAGAAUAAUAGACUGUCCCCUGCAGCGCCUCGAACACAAGGACUGGGAGAGGGUUGUGGCUGUGUUUGUCGCGGGGCCUUCCUGGCAGUUCAAGGGCUGGCCCGGCCUCACUCCAGAUGGCAGCCCAGUCAACAUCUUUACUAAAAUGCAGGCAUUCCACCUGAAGUUUGAGGAGGUUCCCCUGGAAAAGAAUAUCACCAAAUGGGAUGUGUCAGUCCUGACUGUCAGUAAAAACAAGAGACAUUUGGACUCUGUCAGCGCACUUAAAUUCUGGGAACAUCUCGACAAGUUUAUUCUGAAGAACAAACGCCAUCUCCGAUUCUGAGCUCAGUGUCCUGUAGCUGUACUACAUCUACAGAUGUGUACACUAAUUUUAUUCGAGAUUUUUUGUUGAAACAGUCCGAGACACUCUAAGAAAGUAAAGUUUCACUAUAUGAAUUGUUGGAAGGAUAAAUUGAAAUUGAGCAUUGGACUGCCGGUGGAGGUUAAAUACUGCGUUUAAUUAUUUUAAUUGUAAGGUUGAGAAAGAGCAAUCGGAAUUUUUAAUAAUAAUGAAUUUAUGAGUUUUCAAUUUUUGCCGUCGGAAGAAAUAGUGACUAUUUAAGAAUAAAUGCCCAAAGAAUUUUGGUGAACCCACUUUUGGGUAGAAUAGCAUGAGAUGUUUCGCACCACUCGUACAGUUAUCAAAUUGCACAAAGAUCAUUCGGUGGACACUGUCACGUGACACCACUUGCAGAGGCUGACGAUAAAACAUAUUUAUAUUGAUGUUUUAACAGUAUUAAUAUUGUUCCUCUUCAUUAUGAUGAG